AUGCCAUGCGAAGGCUGCAUGGAGAGGUACAAUAACAGCACUGAUGCAACCAUGGAAUUUGUCCUGCUCGGCUUCCCUGAGCUGCUCUGUCUGCGCGCCCUGUUCUUCCUUAUCUUCCUCCUUAUCCAUUUGGUCACAUUGGCAGGGAAUGUGAUGAUCUUCAUGGCAGUGGUCAUGGAGCCUUCCCGUCCUCCUAUGAUUCUCUUCCUCUGUCAGCUCUCUGUCAUCGAGCUCUGCUACACCUUAGUCAUUGUCCCGAAGGCACUCCUUACCCUGAUGCUGGUGGAUGGCAGCACCAUUUCUUUCACAGGCUGUGCUGUGCAGAUGCACCUCUUUGUGGCACUCGGCGGGGCCGAAUGCUUCCUCCUGGCGGCAAUGUCGUAUGACCGCUAUGUCGCCAUCUGUCAGCCCCUUCACUACGUGGUUGUGAUGAGUGAGGAGCUUUGCCUCCGGCUGGCUGUGGCCUGCUGCCUGGGAGGCUUUGCUGUUUCCCUUGGGUUGACAGUGGCCAUUUUCCGCCUACCUUUCUGUCAGUCGCGUCGUAUCAACCACUUCUUCUGCGACAUCCCUGCUGUGCUCCACCUGGCCUGUACACAGAGUUACACCCCCGAGCUGGCCUUGCUGGCUGCCUGUGUGCUCCUCCUGCUGCUCCCCUUCCUCCUGAUCCUGACCUCGUACGUGUGCAUUGCUGCUGCUUUGUUCGAUACCACCUCCUCUGUAGGAAAAGACAAGGCCUUUUCAACCUGCAUUUCACAAAUGACCAUCACCCUGCUACACUAUGGAUGUGCCACCUUCAUCUACAUCCGUCCUAAGUCCAGUUACUCACCAGCUCGAGACAAGAUGAUGUCACUGGUCUACACCAACAUUACGCCAUUACUGUAUCCCCUCAUUUAUAGCCUGAGGAACAAGGAAAUCAGAGGGGUCCUCAGGAAAAUGUUGAGGAGGAAGAAAGUAGCUCUGCUGAGCUGGGACACUAUUAGGCCUGUGAUAUGUGUGUGUGGUAAAUUUUACUAG